UGUGCAGUCUAAAAUGGUCCAGACCAGAAAAAAGGCAAGAAAAAGCCACAUCCUUCCUCGCAGUCUCGGCUGCGCUUCGUAGCCCUGAAAGGAAAGACGCCGCUGAAGGUCUUCUCCUCUUCCUUUUGCAUCUACAUGAUGCGCAACUUCGUACUGCAUUGCGGCUUCUCGGCGCUGCAGGUUUCUGCGCGGUUUCCCCGUUUGGUCUUGCAUCAAACGCUUUUGGGCCGAGCCGGCCCGGGGUCAUUCCUGCUACCUAGAUUCGUUCGCGCCCGGGAUGCUGUCAGGAACCUCCCGGUGCUGUGCUUAGAGCCCUUGGAUGGAGCGCCCAGAUUCAAGUGAUCCCGAGCGAGGGCGCGGUUCCCAAAAGUUGCUCGGCCGGCAUCUUUAGGGGCGAGGCAGGAGCUCCGCUUGUAGGAGGGAUAACCAUGAGAUGAAGAGUCGAAACGCUGCCGUCAGAAUCAGUGGAAAAUGACGCCUCGUUCUCAGAAUGGAGAAGAAGCGCUUGAUAGGUGCAAAGGCCCAGGGAACCCUCCCCACGCUGGCCCUUGGCAUCUUUGAGUGGCUUCCUUGACUAAUUCGUGGAAUGUGGACAAUCUUUAGGAUAUGGAAAUAGAUUGAUGCCUAUUGCAACAAUAACAGCUAUUUAACAAUUGUCUGCAUCCAGGGCCAAUAUUAAGAAGCUGUUUUUCUAUCACAUUGCUUUUUUAGUUUUAAACAGGAAAGAACUAAUAUGAAUUCAUUUUCUGAUGGGAAAGACAAUAUGACCUGGGUCAUGGAAUUACUGAACAAUAUCAAUAUGUCUCCAUAUAAUAUCAUAAACAGUUUCACGGAUUACUCAGCAUACUUUUUCUGGGUUUCAGUACUGUUCCUACUUCUCUUUUCUCCUGUUUUAAUAAUUCUUGGUUUUAUUUAUCUUUCUAAUUUUCUCUUGCAUAUUUACAAGAGAAAAGUUAACUUAAAGGAAGAUUAUCUCAGUCAAUCAUGGGACAAUGGACGGAGGACUGUGGCUCACCUUUGGGACAUGUAUGGUACACUGUGGCAUGGUUAUGAGAUACAUGGGAUGGAUAAAAUACCAGAAGGACCAGGGCUUAUCGUAUUUUACCAUGGAGCCUUUCCUCUAGACUAUUUCUACUUUGUAUCUAGGUUAUAUUUAAGAACAGGCAGAUUUUGCUGCACAGUGGUUGAUUACAAUUUUUCCAAAAUACCAGGUAUAAAACUGUUUUAUAAUGUGGAAGGCCUUACACAUAAUGGAAGGUCAGAAUGUACUAACAUUCUGAAAAUGGGAUACUUAUUGGGAGUUUUACCAGGUGGAACCCGAGAAGCACUGUUUAGUGAUGAGAACUAUGGCUUACUAUGGGGUAGCCGGAGAGGCUUUGCUCAUGUGGCUAGAGAUGCAAAAGUG